CACUCUGCUUUCCUCAGUUCAUUCUCUCUCCAAAUAUCCUUCGUUCCUUCCCCAUAAGUUCUAGAGAGAGAGAGGGGAACGGGAAGCGAGUUAUCAGCGUUAGCGGCAAUGGCGGUGUGGAAGAAACGUGCUUCGUUUUGUCUGAGCUCUCUGCUGCUUCUCUUGUUCGUCGCCGGAGUUUUUGCUAGAGUACACAGUAAUGGCGGUUCUGACUUGAGGACUGCGGAGAAGGAGGAAUUGCAGAGCUCGCACAACUCAACAACAAUGGCGGCAAGGUUGGCGGAGGUUGAAGAGGCUUUGAGCAAGCAGGCGGUUGAUGAUCCUGAAGAGGUUGCCUCCAUGGUUGCAGAGAACAUCCGGAAUAGCACAGAGAGGCGAAAACUUGGAUAUUUCUCAUGUGGGACUGGUAAUCCGAUUGAUGACUGCUGGCGUUGUGACCCCAAUUGGCACAAUAAUCGCCAGCGUCUUGCGGACUGUGGAAUUGGGUUUGGGCGCAAUGCCAUUGGUGGGCGUGAUGGUCAGCUCUACGUUGUUACUGAUCAUGAAGAUGAUGACCCUGUGAACCCUAAGCCUGGCACUCUUCGCCAUGCUGUGAUCCAGGAUGAACCUCUCUGGAUUAUCUUCAAGCGCGACAUGGUUAUUACACUGAAGGAGGAACUCAUUAUGAACAGUUUCAAGACCAUUGAUGCGCGUGGAGCCAAUGUCCACAUUGCUAAUGGAGCCUGCAUCACAAUACAGUUUAUUACCAAUGUGAUCAUUCAUGGUCUACAUGUCCAUGACUGCAAACCCACAGGAAACGCGAUGGUCAGGAGCUCCCCAUCUCAUUACGGUUGGAGGACAAUGGCGGAUGGUGAUGCCAUUUCCAUCUUCGGCUCAAGCCAUAUAUGGGUCGAUCACAACUCACUCUCUAACUGUGCUGAUGGCCUCGUUGAUGCUGUCAUGGGCUCAACUGCCAUUACCAUUUCCAACAAUCAUUUCGCCCACCAUAAUGAGGUCAUGCUGUUGGGCCACAGUGACUCUUACACUAGGGACAAGCAAAUGCAAGUGACAAUUGCCUAUAACCACUUUGGGGAGGGCCUCAUUCAGAGAAUGCCAAGGUGUAGGCAUGGGUACUUCCAUGUGGUGAACAAUGACUACACUCACUGGGAGAUGUAUGCUAUUGGUGGAAGUGCUAGCCCAACCAUCAACAGUCAAGGCAACCGGUACCUUGCUCCAGUCAAUCCUUUUGCCAAGGAGGUGACAAAGAGGGUUGAGACAUCACAAAGUGAAUGGAGAGGUUGGAACUGGAGAUCAGAGGGAGAUUUGAUGCUUAAUGGAGCCUAUUUUACCCCAUCUGGAGCCGGUGCCUCAGCCAGCUAUGCAAGAGCUUCAAGCUUAGGUGCCAAGUCCUCUUCUUUAGUCGGCGCAAUUACUGCAACUGCUGGUCCACUUGCUUGCCGCCAGGGCCGCACAUGCUAGCACCCUCGGCCCCCGGCCCCCUCAAUUACACCCAAAUAGAAAAACAAAAAAAUGAUCGUCUUCCUUUUCUCUCUCCCUUUUCUCUUCAAAUUUCCAUUUUUACCAAAAACCACUAUCCAUACCAUACCCAUAUCACAUCCAUUGCCCAUUGGCUGUUGUUCGUCCACUCAAUCCCUCCGAUCCAUCUCAAAAUGUUGUGCAACCUCGGCCUGCUUCUACCCAACGAAGCUAAUGCUAUUGCAGAUGCAGGCGCAGAAGCGUUGUCCAUCACCAUAAAUAUAUACAUCCCCGGCCUCCUUUUCAAUUUUAUUUAUUGUCCCUAUAUAACUACAAUUUCCAAUCCAUUCAUCCAUUAUUGGAGCCUUAGUCAUUGGUCUACAUGAUGUGCUUGCCUUAAAUUAUGAAAGUAUCAUAGGAAGGAACUAGAUGUUAUUGUAAGUUCCUGUUACGUUUUAAGUGGCCCCAGUUAUAUAAAUAUAUAGUGUGAAUGUCAACAUUGUUAUUGGGAAACAAAAGAAAAAGAGAAAAGAAAUUCUUCUUUGUAAUACACUUGGAAGUUAUAUUUAUUUCAAUGCUUUUCCUUUUUUGCC